CUAAAAGGAGUCUUUGUUUCACCCUUUCUUUCCUCCCUACAAAAAAGUCUCUAACCAGCCUUCUUUUUCAACGGGCAUAUGACGGAUAGCAAAGAAACCCCGGACUGGGUACAAUUCUAUCAGCGCAACGUACAACCCCAAAGCACGGUUUUUGGCACGGCGGCCGCCGCCGCCACCGCCACCGCCAGCUCACCUCCUCCGUCCUCCCACGGCGGGCAGCUCGGGAUCAGCCCCGAGGGCCGGGUGGCCAAACCGGCUCGGCGGAGGCCGAGGGCGUCCCGCCGGACGCCCACCACCGUUUUCAACACGGACGCGUCGAACUUCCGGGCCAUGGUCCAGCAGUUCACCGGCGGCGGCCUCGCCCUGCUGCCGCCGCCGUCGCCGUUCUCGAUAUCCGCCGCGGCCGGAUUAGGGUUCCGCUUCGGGCCGCAGCUGCAGCUAGACAAUCUCGCUUUCCCGGCGAGGUCGUCGUCGUCGCCGGCGAGUAAUAAUUAUAGCAUGAUGUUCGAGCAGCACCAGCCGCCGCCGCCAUGCACGUCGCUGAUGACGAGUGCUAAUUACGGCGGCGGCGGCCAUGAACAACAUUUUUCGGGUAGAGCGUCAUUUCCGCCGCCGCCGCCGAACCACCACGGAGGAUCUUCUGGGGACGAUCAGAAUAGGAGUGAAACGAAUUACAUGCUUUGAUUUGACUGAUUCCGAGGUUCUUAAUUGCAUGUGAAUCUUCAUAAGCAUUCUUAUAUUUUUCAUUCUCUUUUAAAAAUCUUCAUGUUUUAUUACACACUCUCACUAGCACACUAAUUCAUUGAAGUAAUUUUUAUUGGUUAAUAAUGAUAAUCCACCCCU